AUGGGAAACCAGCUUGUAGGUGUCGCUCCUUCUCAAAUAUUCCCCGUGGAACACUAUUUGAGCGACCAUGUAGACUUGACGUUUGAUCAGAGCCUUGGUUCAACGAGGUUCUUCAAAGUAGCCCGAGCUCGUACCCGUGAAGGUCUGGUAGUAGUGAAGGUAUUUGCUGUCCACGAUCCAUCAUUACCUCUUGCUGAACACAAGGAACGAAUUCUGAAAAUCAAAGAGCAACUGGCUUCGGCAUUCAAUUGUUUGCCGUUUCAGAGAGUUAUACUAACUGAUAAGGCUGGACUACUUAUCAGGGAGUAUCUUAAGUGUAGCGUCUAUGACCGGAUGUCAACACGACCGUUUCUCACUGUGUUGGAAAAGAAAUGGAUAACAUUCCAAGUGUUAUAUGCUUUGCACCGGAUGCACAAGCUUGGCAUAUGUCAUGGUGAUAUUAAGCUAGAAAAUAUAAUGGUUACUUCAUGGCUGUGGGUGCUUCUGACAGACAUAGCAUCGUUCAAACCAACCUUCUUACCAGAUGACAACCCAGCUGAUUUUAGCUACUUCUUUGAUACUUCCAGAAGAAGAUUAUGUUAUGUUGCUCCGGAGAGAUUUGUGGGGGCUCCGGACCCUAAUGCUAGGCCUCCAAGUGAUGACAGAAAUGCUGGUCUCUUGCUAAGCGAGUCUCCUUGUAAAGUGGGCGAACUAGUUCCCAGUAUGGACAUAUUCUCUGCAGGAUGCGCUCUACUAGAGCUAUGGAACGAUGGUACCCCAGCGUUGGAUCUGCCGGGGUUAUUGGCCUAUCGUAACGGUGAACCGCGACCCCCUACUAUGACGCUGCCGGACACUUGCGAGCCCCUACUACGAGAUUUACUGCACUCCAUGACUGAAAGAAACCCGAAGGAUAGACGCAGCGCUGAGAUAUAUCUGGAUGAAGCGAGAGGCACAUUAUUCCCUGAAUACUUUUAUUCGUUCCUUCAAUCCUACAUGCUGAUAUUCUCCGCCCAGCCGAUACUGCCCGCUGAUGAGAAGAUAACACGCAUCCAUCAAGACAUAAAGAACAUCAUUAAAAUCUUCACACAGACUUCAAACACCAAGAACUACCAAGACCUGGUCGAUGAGACUACUGACAACCAGAAGGUUGAAAUUGACGCUCUGAUGAAGGAAGGGUUCAGGGUUAUGAAGGUCAAUGUGACCGACUUGGAAGAGGAAGGAGUGACUCAAGAUGACCGACAGCUGGGACCCGAUAGUGAAGGGUUGAUAUUGAUUACGUCAUUGGUGACGUCAUGCAUCCGAGGCCUGCAUCAUUGUACCUCCAAGCUCUACUGCCUGGAGAUUCUUCAGCUGUUAUGUGAGAAUUCCACCUCGGAAGUCAUAUUGGACAGGAUAUUGCCUUUCAUUAUAUAUUUAUCCCAGUCGCCGGAGCCACGUGUCCGCGCGGCGUCUAUCUGGUGCGUGUGUCGCUGUGUGUCAUGUGUGCGUGUGCUGCCCUCGUCUGACUGUAAUGUGUUCCCGGAGUACAUCCUCCCGGAACUCGCGCCACGAGCCUCGGACCCCGCACUUCCGGUCCGCAUCGCCUACGCUAAUAACAUCGCUAAACUAGCUGAAACAGCUGUAAGAUUUCUGGAUCAAACUCAGAACAUGGCAGACAAAGAAGCAGCUAACAUCAACUAUGAGACGGAACUGUCGGCUCUACACGAGAUGGUUCGGUCGACUGUGUCUUACUUACUGACUGACUCACAAGCGGUUGUCAAGCGCGCGCUCGUUGAGAACGGCAUCACCAAAUUAUGCGUUUUCUUUGGAAAACAAAAAGCUAAUGACGUCAUCUUAUCUCACAUGGUGACAUUCCUUAAUGAUAAGGAAGAAGUCUCACUGCGAGGGUGUUUCUUCGAGCGCGUGGUAGGAGUAGCGGCAUAUGUCGGACAUCAUGCUGCUACUAUACUACUGCCGCUGCUGCAACAGGGUCUAACGGAUCAGUCUGAAUGGAUUAUAGCCAAGGCACUCCGCGCAACCACGAGUCUAGCGGAAUUGUGGCUCCUACCGAAACAGUCUCUGUGUGAUUUAGUUGCUGAAAGCUCGGUCUACCUCGCACAUCCUAAUUUGUGGAUCCGUCACGAGGUAUGCGGCUUGGUGUCGUGUGUUGCCAGUCUGUUGAACCCGAUAGAUGUCAACUGUAAGAUAUUGCCGUUAGUGUGGCCACAUCUCAAACAUAAGUUGAUGCAGUUUUAUUCCCAGGUUGAUAAAGCCGAGCUGUUGUUGGAGAGUGUCGCUGAGCCUAUACCGAGAAAGGUGUUGGACGCGGUGCUGAGACACGGAGACGUGGACCGGCUGGUGGUGACGCUGAGGGAGAGGAGGGCCACCAGGAUGAAGGUAAAGCAGGGUGUAAUGCCGCAGUAUUCUGAGAUGGGACAACAGCUAAAGAACUUGUUCAGACGACUGGCGUCAGAUGGUAUGACGGAACACGUUGAGAACCAACUGCUGGCGAUGAGCACUCACCUCAUUAAGAUACAGUGUUCAUCCACACAGCACAUUACUGAUGCGCCGGGAAAGUUAGUAUUGACUGGAAAGGAUAUAUCGAAAUCAGUGCAGUUGGAGGUUGGGGGACAAGACGUGGUUGAGAAGAUGUAUGUACAGAGACGGACACACAAGACGUCUGUCAACCACGAGACUCACAUGAACACUGAGUGGCAACACAUGUUUGGACAGACCACGGAACAGAGCACUGUUAAAGUGUGUGAGAGCCAGGCUGUGUCGAGUGUGUCGGGCGUAGUGUCCACGAGUGUCCCGCCCUCACACACACACUCACAGCUGGCACACAGCGCCACAUAUGUGCAAUACAGCAUGGCCCCCUGUCGGAUAGAGCUGAGAAACCUCAUAACGAGGAUGCAGCAGAAGUACAACAAGUCUCUGAGAAGUCACGAAGAUCCAUUAGAUUCCGGUGAAGACCUGGCGCCUCCCGCUAGCUGGAGACCUGGGAACACACUGCUGGCAUACCUCCACGAACACAGAUCUCGUGUGAAUCAGCUGGUCCGUCUGCCGGCUCACAGGUCUAUGUUCGCUUCCUGCUCCGACGACGGGACCGUGAGGCUGUGGGACGCGGCGCGACUACAGGGACACGCAUACGUUAACAAGUCCAAGUGUGUGUACAACCGUGGCGCGGGGGCCGUUGUGUCGCUGACUGCCUGCGAGGCGGGACACUCUCUGGCCGCCGCUACCACCGACGGAUCUGUGUUUGUGUUACGACUAGACGCUGGUUCCCGUCUCUGCCUGUCUCAGUGUCGCCAGCUUGAAAGCGGGGCGGAGGGGUCGUGUGUGGCUGUGUCGGCCGCGGGCGGAGUCCUAGCUGGGGUCAUCUCAUACGCUACCCUUGGAGCUUGUGUGGUCGGAUGGGAUCUUAGAGCCCCCGGUAACGCGUGGAAGCUUCAAGGAGAUCUCAAACAGGGCGUGUACACAUGUCUAUACGCCAAUAGUUCGGGUUACAUAGCGGUGGGUACCUCCAGCGGCGCCGUGUGUGUGUGGGACCUUAGGUUCAGUCUGCCGAUCACGUCCGUCAAACAUCCAAACUCUGAGCGUAUUCGUCGUAUCGUGGGCAGUGGUGGGCGCCGCGUGUGGGCGGUGGGCGGUCGGGAUGCAGCCUCCUGGUGUCUUGAGUCCACUCAGAGGACACACGCUCUGUGGCCCUUCACAGCCUCGCAACAACCCUUGAACUAUGAACAUGCGUCGUCUCACUAUAUAUCGAGCGCGUACUGCGGCACCCGUGACGGCAGCAAGCUAGUGGUGAUGGGCGGCUCCGACCAGCGCCUGAGGCUGUGGGACCUGCAGCACGCGGAGGACUCGCACGUACUGCUGCACGCGCACAACGAACAUAUGGACGGAGUCAAAUACAGGAGUCGUAUCAUUGACGGGACGACUGUCAUACAAGAAAUUUGGAAACCGAAUCCAACAUCGACAACCCACGAAGACAAUGUAUACAGAACAGUCGAGUCACGGAGCUUCUAUCACACCGCACCGAUAACGGACAUCACGCUCGUGGAGGGGAACAAAUGUUACCUCGUCAGUUCAUCCGCUGACGGUGUCAUUAAUGUCUGGAAAUGA